AUGCCGAGCUGCUCAGACCAGGAGAUGAGGAGACCCCCACAGCGGCGCGGAGCCUGCCAUGUCCCCGUGAUGCCACCACCAGCCCCCUGGGCAACCAGCGCCUCUGGAGAGGGCACAGAUGCUGUAGUCAUCCUGGAAAAGACUCCUUUCCAGGAGGAGAAGGUAUUGGACCUGCUGAAGAAGCACACGAAGCUGGAGCUGCAGAUGAGCAAUGACAUUUACAGCACAUACCACCUGUACCCUCCCCUGGAGCUGAGUGAGAUAAAAACCACAGUGGUGUAUCCUGCCACAGAGAAACAUCUCCAGAAGUACCUCCGCCAAGAAGUGCACCUCAUCCGUGAAACCUGGGAGGAUUACAAGGACAUAACACUGCCCUUCAUCCAGUCCCAGAGCUUCAGCAUCCAGUGGGUGUAUAACAUCCUGGAGAAGAAAGCUGAGGCCGAUCGAAUCAUCCAUGAAAACCGAGAUCCUUCCAAUGGCUUUGUGCUAGUUCCAGAUCUGAAGUGGAACCAAAACCAGCUGGAUGACCUCUACCUGAUCGCGCUCAUUCACCGCCGAGAUGUCCUGUCCCUUCGGGACCUCACGGCCGAGCACCUCCCGCUGCUGAGGAACAUCUUGCAAGAGGGCAAGGAGGCUGUAAUGAAGCGUUUUGGGGUUCCCAGCUCCCAGCUGCGGAUCUACCUGCAUUACCAACCCUCCUACUAUCACCUGCACGUCCAUUUUACUGCCCUGGGCUAUGACGCCCCGGGCACCUCCGUGGAGAGGGCCCAUCUCCUGGCAGAUGUGAUUGACAACCUGGCCACUGACUCCAUGUUCUACCAGAAACGGGCUUUGACCUUCGCCCUUCGGGCUGACGAGCUUCUCUUUAAGAAAUUCCAGGAGGCUGGAAGAGUGUGA